AUGCCAUUAAAUUGUAAAGGGCGGUAUCGAGGCACAGAGCCUUCCCGUGGUGAUGUUGAUGAUAUAUUAGGAAAGUAUGUAAUGGUUAUUUUAAUGUAAUAAGCAGGCACAGAUUUUCGGGGGGGGGGUGUGCCCCCCCCCCAAAUGAUUUGCACCCCCUCAAAGGCAUUUGGCACCCCUGCUAAAUUUGUAAAAUACUACUAAAUUUACUACUAAAUUUGUAAAAUUACCAAUAUUAUGGUCUCAGAUCUCGCCAUCCAGGCCUAGAAAACAAAUUUUGUUAAACUUUUUCCUUGGCCUUUCCGGGCAUUGCCACCACGCCCCGGCCAAAGCAAGCAGCAGCACCCCCCCCCCCAGAUAUUUAUCCACCCCCCAAACGAAAAUAUGAAAAUCUGUCUCUUGUAAUAAGCCAAUAUUGAUUUACCCUGAUGCCGGACAACGUUUUUGAAAUUUAUGACUGUUUAACAAGGCUGGAUUUUGGUGGGAAGGUGGAAAGAAAUUUAUGGGAUGUGCAGUGGUCUAACUUGUGGCCCCCACAGUAUGACCUAUCCAAUUUUCUCCUUCAUUACAUUUUUACAAAGUUUCUUCGAAGCAUUGCCUUAAUUAAAAGGGUACUUGACACAGAGAUGAAUGGCUAUCACUGUUUCAAUUUUACAGAAAAACUAAUUCUCGCAAAGUGUAGACCUAAGCAACAUUUUUGUCAAUGGAAAUUUGGCAUGACUUUUCAGUGGGGGGGGUGGAUCUCAGUGGAGGUGCGCACCUCCCGACACUUCCCCUCAAAAUCUGGCCAUGCUAUGUAAUGUACUUAAUAUAAACUGCAUUUUCCUUUUUUUACCAUUUAGUUUUUCUAUGACAUUGAUUGACUCGUUAGAUAGUUUAGUUGUAAGUAAAAAAUUGUUCAAUUUUAUACUAUUUCUCUUGUUUUCUGAGAUUUCAUAUUAGUUAUUUUUUUAGAUUUUUGGAGAAAUUAAUAAGUUUGAAGAUGCUGUCAAAUUAGUGAUUGAUGAUGUCGAGUUUGAUAACGACAUUGUUGUAUCAACUUUUGAAACAAAUAUUCGUGUUCUAGGGUGAGUUAAGGUGGAGUUACACGAGCAACAAAAUUGCUGCAACUUGCAACAAAAUCUGAUUUCAACGCAUGUUAAUUGAAAAUGUUUACACAUAAAUUACAAAUCACAAGGCAACAUGUGUCGACAUUUCUACUUAACAAGCGUUGAAAUCAGAUUUUGUUGCAAGUUGCAGCAAUUUUGUUGCUUGUGUAACUCCAGCUUUAGAGGGAAAGGAAAGUAUGCUAGUUUGUGAACAAGUGUAGUCUUGUCAUAGAAAAAAAACUGGCAAAGUACAAAUAAUAAAAUUCUUUUCAUUAGAAAACCAGAUUCAAUCAGAAUUUAACCAAAAACUUAGAAAUUUGUUGUACAUACAUAUGCACACAUGCAAUUCAUAAAGAAAACUUGGCAUAUGAAAACUUGUUAUAGAAAACUUUGUAACUGGCUUUAUGUUAUUUUCUAUCAGAGGUCUACUUGGUGGCCAUGUAGCUGCAGAUGUUUUAAAGAAUGAUGGUUUAGCAAUGGAGUGGUAUAAUGAUGAACUACUAACUAUGGCAAAAGAAAUUGGGGAACGAUUAAUGCCAGCGUUUAAUACAACCACUGGUAUUCCUUACCCUAAGGUACUGUAUAGACAGUAUAGUAUAUAUAAGUUUGUACUGUACUGUAUAUUGCUAGAGCAUUUAUGUAAAUGGCCAUACACUCUUUAACCAAUUGAGUGCCAGUGCUCUCCCCUUGAUGAGUAAAAUUGUCUGGUGUUAGACAGAGUGACAUGAGAAAGUAGGGCAGAUCAGGAUGUAUUGCCACUUACAGGAUGCAUGGGCAGAUCAGUCUGAUUAGUAGUUACCCACUGAGUUGCAGCACUCUCUCCUUGAACAUGAGUAAAAUUCCCUGGUGUUAGACAGAGUAAAAUAAUAAAUUAGGGCACAUUUCCACUUAACCCAUUGAGCCGCAAUGCGUCUCAGUAUUCCCUACUUAAUUUUUUUUACUUGUCAAUCAGUUGUUGUCUAAUGCCAGAUGAUUUUAAUUGUCAAUGGGGAAGCUCUGCAGCUUAAUGGGUUACCCAAAAAAUCUGACAAUGUCUCUAGUUAACCCAUUGAGCCGCAAUGCACCCCAGUGUGCCCUACUUAUUUUUUUUACUUGUCUAACGCCAGAUGAUUUUACUUGUCAAUGGGGAAGCUCUGCAGCAAAAUGGGUACUUAAUAAAGGGAAAACUGAGUUGGCAUAAGUUUCAUAGAUGUUGAGAUUUCUAAACUACAGUAACCUUUCCUCUGUCACAGGUCAACCUAAGAUAUGGUGUAGCAGACCCCAGAUCACGCACUGGGACAGAAUCUGCUACAUGUACGGCCUGUGCUGGUACUAUGAUCAUGGAAUUUGGAGCUUUAAGCCGACUGACUGGUGAUCCAAAAUUUGAAGUAAGAAUAAAGGCAAUAAUAUGGAGCUCAUUUCACUCAUUUUUACUCAUGAACAAAUGAUGGGGUUGAGAGACAAAAAAGGAAUAGGGCCUAAAAAAAUACCUGUGGUUUCGGUUUCCUGACUGACCCUAUUUUUUCUGCCGACCCUAUUAUUUUUUCUAUUUUCUCUGGGUGGUUGCGGGCUGCUCAUACAGCAUGCCAAAAUGGAGUAGACCUGUUGUCAGCACUCUACUGAAAAUCACCCAGCAAAAAACCGCCAAAGUCAUGAAAAAAUAUUUUUAAAAAUUUAAUACUCAGAGCCUGAAAUAACGGCCGGCGGUUUUCCGACCAAAUUCCGAUUUUUCUGACCAAAUGCUGAAAUGAUCGGAAAUUUUGUCCGGCCAACAUCUGUAAGUAAAGGAUUAUCUAUAUUAGGCAAAUAUAAAGUAAUCAACUGGAAGGUAUAGUUCACGGGCCCAAUAAACAAGAUGGCGGCUUACAGCGUGGUGUUGUCGGGUCAAGAUAAAAACCAGGGCGCUUAUAUAAUUAUAAUGUUUGACAGAGUUUGCUCAUUGGGGGGGGGGGGGGUUGGACUUGGUCAAACUAAACUAAAAAAAAUUCUGGUCAAUUUUGCAAAUUUCCUGUCAAAUUUCGUUUUGAUCGGAAGUUUUUCCGGACAAAUUUAAAAAUUAUUUCAGGCUCUGAAUACUGACCCUAAUUUUUUUUCACGAUACGAAACUGGAACCGCAGGUAUUUUUUAGGCCUAGUGGAUCUUCAAACGGAAAUACGGAAUAGUGAAUUUCAAAAUCUACUAUUUCAGUUGUAUAGUAGAAGCAAAUGUAAAUUUUGACCCCUGAAGUGAAGAAUGAUAAUCAUAAUACAUUUCUUGCACUUGGUUUAGACUGUUGCCCAUAAAGCGAUGAAAGCGCUGUGGACAUACCGUAGCAGAUCAAGUGAUCUUGUUGGCACAGUCAUUAAUAUACACAAUGGCGAGUGGGUAAGACGAGGUAAGAACAAAAAGUUUAUAUCUGACUUUAAAUAAGCGAUACUUUCUACACAUACAUACAGUAUUUCAGAGUUUCUAGGUCAUGAAACAAACAUGUUGUAGUCGUGCACCAGGGGUUGAAACAACAGCCGAUCAAUGGUCGACAAGAAAUUGCUUAUGAUCAGCAGAAAAGCUUUGGGAACUUUGAGGAUGUUAUUUCAAGCCCUGUGCACUGUACUGUGUGAUAAAUUGACAUAUUUUUCCAUUGCCACAGACAGUGGAGUAGGUGCUGGCAUUGACUCCUAUUAUGAGUACUGUCUCAAAGCUUACAUCCUUCUUGGAGAAGAAGAUUAUUUACAGAGAUUUAAUCAGGUAAAUGUUCAAUUCCCUGCAACAUAUAGCUUAACUUAUAGCCUACUGUCCAGUGCUGUCAUAGUUGAAAAACUAUUGUUACAUUAGCGAGCUAAAGCAAGCGUCGCUUUUGUCAACACAGACGUCAGAUUGCGGCGGGGGGGGGGCUGGAUUAAAAGCUGUGUUUAUAUCAGUUUGUGGUAAUCUUUUAGUAAAUGUGGUAAUUUUUAAAGUUUUCUGCUUUCUUACACGAGUACUACGAUGCACAAUGCCGCCAAAAUCAGAAAUACCCAAAUUUUGGGUGACGUCCAUGUUGACUUUCACUGCACCCUGUCCCACUUGCCCCCCGUGUCCAAUGGUGUUUCCCGCAAACCAAACCGAAACAAUAAACUAUCUUCUCUUUGUUAGCACUACAAGGCAGUGAUGCGCUACAUCAACAGAGAUUCGUUAUUUCUCAACGUACACAUGAACAAUCCAAGUAAACGUUCUGUCACAUACAUGGAUUCUCUGCAGGCAUUCUGGCCUGGAUUACAGGUGCGUGCAUGUGUCUCUUGGGUUAACUGCAAUGGUUAGAUGAACUAGACUCAGUUCCGAAAUAUCAUAUACUCGAACCGACCUGACCGCAUAGCUCAGUUGGCAGAGCAUUGGGCUAGUAUUCCAAAGGUCGUAGGUUCAAUUCCCACCGUGGCCAGGCAUAUUUUUCAAGCUUGCCCGGUGUGGAUAUACACUCAGAGUAACAUCACAAGCAUCACUCCUACAACGAUGCAAUGUUUUGGUCAACAAACAGUUUAACUUGAAGAUUGGUGCAGUACAAAAAAGGGGAGAGAAAAGCAAGCAUGCCUGUAUAUUUAGUUUUUUUGCAGGUAGCCGAAAAAUUUUCAGUUAGCCUUGCGUGGUCCAAACUUGUCGCUUCGCUUGAAGCUUGCAAAUUGCGAUAGGGGACCAGGCACCGAAGAAAAUUUUUUGUGUCUACUAUAAAUCGUUCAAACCCAAUUGGUUGACAAUUUUCAUAUAUCCAGCCGAAAACGGAGUUCUGGCUUUUGAAAACGGAGUUCUGGCAGUUGAAAACGGAGCUCUGGCAUUUGAAAACGGAGUUCUGGCAGUUGAAAACAGAGUUUUGGCAUUUGAAAAGGGAGUUCUGGGAUUUGAAAACGAGGUUCUGGCUUUUGAAAAGGGAGUUCUGGCAGUUGAAAACGGAGCUCUGGCAUUUGAAAACGGAGCUCUGGCAUUUGAAAUCGGAGUUCUGGCUUUUGAAAAGCUAGUUUUUCAUUUCUUUUCCAGGUAUUGAAGGGAGAUAUAAAAUCCGCCAUAGAGUUGCAUGAGGUGUUUUACAGUGUUGCGAAAAGACACACAUUCUUGCCUGAGGUUUGUACUACAGACUAUAUACAGUACAAAGAAUAAUUUACAAAUCUUGUACUUAAAGUAUAAAUUAACGUGCUUUAGACUGGAUAGCUCUACCAGUUCUAAACUGUUCUCCCUAUAGAGUUCCAGUAAGGGUCAUCUCUUAUUGAUCCAGUGUUACUACAGGAGGAAACCUAAACUAAACUAACUUUAUUUAUACGGGAUAGCUCUAUCAGUUCUAAACUGUUCUCCCUAGAGGUCUAGUAAGGGUCAUCUCUUAUUGAUCCAGUGUUACUACAUGAGAAAAUCUAAAUUAUACUAACUUUAUUUAUACUGGAUAGCUCUAUCAGUUCUAAACUGUUCUCUCUAGAAGUUCAGUAAUAAGGGUCAUCUCUUUUUGAUCCAGUGUUACUAUAGGAGGAAACCUAAACUAUAAGUCUAUACUACAGUCGUGCCAAUAGAAGAUUUCCGAAAAAUGUUGACCAGUUCAUUUCCUAACUUCGAGGAGUUUCUCUGAACACAAUUCUUCAAGUUCCUUAAAAAGUUCCUAACUUCCUGUUUCAUUGACCAAUCAGAUUGCUCAAAAAUAAAAUAUAAAAUUUGAUUGGUCAAUGAAACAGGAAGUUAGGAACUUUUUAAAGAAAUUUUCAAAAUUUUAAGGAAUUGUUCAGAGGUAUUCCUUCAAGUUAGGAAAUGAACUGCUCAACAUUUUUCGGAACGCUUCUAUUGGCACGACUGUAACUUUAUUUAUACUGGAUAGCUCUACCAGUUCUAAACUGUUCUUCAUACAUGUCCGGUCAGGGCGAUCUCCUAUUUAUCCAGUGUUUACUACAGGAGGAAACUAGAGAAAUACGAAGAAACACAAUGUCUCUGUCUUGUUUCAAAUCUCUAUUGAGAGAAUAUUACCAGAACGCAUUAAACCAAACAUUAAAUCAAACCUGAGGAUAUAGGAAGCACGAACAUAAUGGUCUCGCAGUAAAUGGCCUUAGCUGCCAGUUGCGGGCUCCAAGCGUGAGAGGAAAAGUGUAAAUCAAUAAAUAAAUAUUGAUAUUUUCAGGCAUUUACAACGAAUUUUGAAGUUCAUUGGGGUCAACAUUUCCUCCGUCCAGAGCUUGUCGAAAGCACGUACUUUCUGUACGAGGCUACCAAAGAUCCUUAUUAUCUAGACGUUGGCAAAUAUAUUGUGGAGAAUCUGAACAAAUAUACUAGGGUGCUCUGUGGUUUUGCUGCUGUCAAAGACGUGCGGACACUGAGCCAUGAAAACAGGUAACCUAAGACACUUUAAACUGAUUUUUUUUCACUAUCUCAAUAGCUCUAUCAGUUCUAAAAUGUUUUCCAUAGAGGAAAGGACGAUCAUUUAUUGGUCCAGUGUUACUACAGCAGGAAACCUAAACUAACUAGAUAGUUGUAUCAGUUCUAAACUGUUCUCCCUAGAGGUCCAGAGGAAUCAUCUCACAUUGAUCCAGUGUUAUUACAGGAGGAAACCUAAACUAAACUAACUUUAUUUAUACUGGAUAGUUCUAUCAGUUCUAAACUGUUCUUUCUAGAGGUCCAGUAAUGAUCAUCUCUUAUUGAUCUAGUGUUACUACAGGAGGAAACCUAAACUAAACUAACUUUAUUUUUUUCUGGAUAGCUCCAACAGUUCUAAACUGUUCUUCCUAUAGAGGUCCAGGGGAAUCAUCUCAUGUUGAUCCAGUGUUACUACAGGAGGAAACCUAAACUAAACUAACUCGAUAGUUGUAUCAGUUCUAAACUGUUCUCUCUGGAGGUCCAAAACAAAGGCCGUCUGUUAUUGAUCCAUAGUUACUACAGGAGCAAACUGGGGUACCUGGAGAAACAACGCAGUCUUUAACCUAGACAUAUAUUUAUAAACGUUUCCCAAUUCAAGGUGUGCCUCUAAAGUGCAUAUGACAUGAAAUUUCUUAUUUUCUUAAAUUAAAGAACUAUUUAAGUUGUAGUGUAACUUAUUUUUCAGUUUCUUGUUUUUAUGGUUUGUUUCCGAGAUAUUUCAAUUUGUUUGAUGUGUAAGUGAGUGCAAAUAUGUCCGCUAAUUUAUGACGUCAUGUUGGUUGCAAGCUCUUCAAAAUGGUUGAAUAUCACUGCUAUUAUCCAAGAUGAUAAUUUCAAACUCCACUCACUGGUAAAUGUGAAGAAACACUGGAGAAAAACGUAAACUGGUAUCAACAGUUUUUAGAGUUAAUACAUUUACAACCAGUGUAAGUUGACCUUGCAACCAACAUGACAUCAUAAAUUAGUGGACAUAUUCACACUCAUUUACAUAUCAAACAAACUGAAAUAUCUCGGGAACAAACCAUAAAAACAAGAAACUGAAAAAUAAGUUACACUACAACUUAAAGAGUUCUUUCAUUUAAGAAAAUAAGAAAUUUCAUGUCAUAUGCACUUUUAAAGAACCGGUUUAUCUUUCCACAUUUUCCAGAAUGGAUUCUUUCCUACUUUCUGAAACACUCAAGUAUCUGUACUUGUUGUUUACGAAUAAAGAAGAUUUGCUGAUCAAUUUACAGGACUUUGUUUUCACGACAGAAGCUCACAUUUUACCACUUGCCUUGUCAAACUGGAAUGGCUCGUCCAGCCAGGUAAAUGCAACUUGAAUAUGGUCAUGAAACCUUAUUUAAUAAGUGCUACACAAUUAAUACUAUUUACAAUAUGAACAUAUUGUAUCGGAUAUUGUGAAAUGUGUUGAUGAGAACAUUCGUAUUCUUCAACAAUUUAAAAUAUAUGAAUGAUAUUUUGUGAGAAAUUUGAACUUAAAGUUUUUUAAAUCAGCAUGAUUUCUGUAUCAGAUAAUCAGAUAUAGGAAUUCCUUCAUCCUAGCCUGUGUGCUUAUUAGAGGCAUCCCCCCUGUACGUUCGCCAUUUUGAAUAUUAUCAGGGGGGUGCAUGCCUCUCGUAAGCGCACUGGCUAAGACCAUGGCACAGAAUACUAUACAGAAGUCCAUCUCCAUUGUUUUUUGCGUAAGCGCUAUUCGUCAUGAUUCGCCACUCAGCAAGUACCGUAAACAGAAGCAGUCACCCCCUGGACGUGCGCCAUUUUGAGUAUUUCCAGGGGGGACUGCUUCUGUUUACGGUACUUACUGAGUGACGAAUCAUGACGAAUAGCGCUUACGCAAAAACCAAUGGAGAUGGACCAUUAGAUGGAUAUCUGUAUGGUAUUCUGUGACCAUGGCGUCAGAAUUUUGAUGAUAUGGGAAAAACCCAGACGUCGUGCUUCUGUAUAGUCUCUAUUCUGUGACCGGUUUCUCAGUGAAAAGUGGAAAUUGUUUUCUUGACAGAACAAUGUUUAUGAAAGUGAGAACCUCCAUGAUCACUCGUGUCCCAGGACUACAAAAGAUGACAGCAUGAUGUCGUUCGCCGAGAAAAUACGUAAACGAAGUCGUCAAACAAAUGCAGAUCGCAGUUGUCCAAAGACAAAAGAGAAACAGAGUUUUGUUAAGAGUAAAACGUAAGACUUUACGUAGUUGUAAAGCGAAUGUUUUUAAUCUUUUAAAUAGUUCAGACUUAGAUAUAAACCAUGGCUGCUUAUUGUGGAAUACUACCAACACUGAAUCCCUACCUUUGAGAUAUCUUUUCAGGUAGUUCAGACACAAACCACGACAGCUUAUUGUAGAAUACUACCAAUACUGGAUCCCCACCUUUGAGAUAUCUUUUUCAGGUAGUUCAGACAUAAACCACGGCAACAUAUUGUGGAAUACUACCUACACUGGACCACCACGUUUGAGAUAUCUUUUUCAGGUAGUUCAGACACAAACCACGACAGCUUAUUAUAAAAUACUACCUACACUGGACCACCACGUUUGAGAUAUCUUUUUCAGGUAGUUCAGACACAAACCACAGCAGCUUAUUGUAGAAUACUGCCUACACUGGACCACCACGUUUGAGGUAUCUUUUUCAGGUAGUUCAGACACAAACCAUGACAGCUUAUUGUAGAAUACUGCCUACACUGGACCACCACGUUUGAAAUAUUAUCACAGUGACAGGAUGUAGUGCUUGCAAAUUUCAUUCAUAUUUUUCUUCUUCUAGUACUGCUCCUCUACUUCGAGCUGAACAGUUUAUUCCUGGCAAUAAAGACCACCUUCUAAUAUUGAAAGCCAUGGGAAUAUCAGUCACUAAAACUGACGAUGGUAAAGUACAACUGAUGCAAGAUGCAAGCUCGGUAUGUAAUAUGGAGUAUGAAUGAAUCACAUAUUUGGGCAGGCAUAGAGUAAGCUCCAUUCGGAGAUUGGCAACUUCCACAAAAAUAAAAUCCACAAGCAUGCAAUAUAGUAUGACUCCUACCGGACCUCUAGGAAGAACAGCUUGGAACUGAUAGAGUUUUCCAGUAUAAAUAAAGUUUAGUUUAGGGUUUCCUCCUGUAGUAACACUAGAUCAAUAAGAGAUGGUCCUUACUAGACCUCUAGGGAGAACAGUUUAGAACUGAUAGAGUUUUUCAGUAUAAAUAAAGUUUAGCUUAUAGGGUUUCCUCCUGUAGUAACACUAGAUCAAUAAGAGAUGAUCCUUACUAGACCUCUAGGGAGUACAGUUUAGAACUGAUAGAGCUAUCCAGUAUAAAUAAAGUUAGUUUAGUUUAGGUUUCCUCCUGUAGUAACACUGGACCAAUAAGAGAUGAUCCUUACUGGACCUCUAGGGAGAACAGUUUAGAACUGAUAGAGCUAUCCAGUAUAAAUAAAGUUAGUUUAGUUUAGGUUUCCUCCUGUAGUAACACUGGACCAAUAAGAGAUGAUCCUUACUGGACCUCUAGGGAGAACAGUUUAGAACUGAUAGAGCUAUCCAGUAUAAAUAAAGUUAGUUUAGUUUAGGUUUCCUCUUGUAGUAACACUGGACCAAUAAGAGAUGAUCCUUACUGGACCUCUAGGAAGAACAGUUUAGAACUGAUAGAGCUAUCCAGUAUAAAUAAAGUUAGUUUAGUUUAGGUUUCCUCCUGUAGUAACACUGGAUCAAUAAGAGAUGAUCCUUACUGGACCUCUAGGAAGAACAGUUUAGAACUGAUAGAGCUAUCCAGUAUAAAUAAAGUUAGUUUAGUUUAGGUUUCCUCCUGUAGUAACACUGGACCAAUAAGAGAUGAUCCUUACUGGACCUCUAGGGAGAACAGUUUAGAACUGAUAGAGAUAUCCAGUAUAAAUAAAGUUAGUUUAGUUUAUGUUUCCUCCUGUAGUAACACUGGACCAAUAAGAGAUGAUCCUUACUGGACCUCUAGGAAGGGGAGUUUAGAACUGAUAGAGCUAUCCAGUAAGAAUAAAGUUAGUUUAGUUUAGGUUUCCUCCUGUAGUAACACUGGACCAAUAAGAGAUGAUCCUUACUGAACCUCUAGGAAGAGGAGUUUAGAACUGAUAGAGCUAUCCAGUAUGAAGUUAGUCUUAGUUUAAAGAAUCUAACUGGUUUAUAAUCAACAGGCUGACAAUACUGAGAUGGCAAGUGAAGGUAUCACAUUCAUGCAGUCAAUGAUAGAACUGGCCAAAUUCCGAAGUAAUGACGCAGGUACGAGAUGAUGUAACCAUUAAGUCCGAUACAAUGGGUGAUUCCAGCUAUACACGAAAUUUUGAUCUAGGCAAGAAGAACGAAAUCAUUACCAUAGCUGGAAAGAGCUUGUCAAAAUUAGUAAAAUUGCACAGUUUGGUUUCUAAAUGUUGUAAAAUGAAGAAAAUAUAGCCCUGUGAAGUUCGCAAAUUUUGUAUAUAUUUGUAUUACGCGCGGUAAAAAUAACCACUUUCCGCUCAAAAAUGGUUAUUUUUCCCGCGCGUAAUGCAAAUAUAUACAAAAUUACUACAUACUAUAGUACUUAUGAAUUUUCCUUAGUAGAGUAUCUACCUCGUGUCGUACAAAUCCUCUCGCCUCCCUACGACGGCAACAUUGUGCUGAAUGCUGGCCCAGCGCAGUUUGGUAUCGACCUUGGCAAGUCGGGUAUGGGCGUCAGUGCCGAGAUCGUCCUGGCGGAUCCGUUUAAGGGAUGUACUGAACUGACAAAUAAGGAAGCUGCUGACCAUAGGAUCGUGGUCAUGGAGAGAGGCGACUGUAUGUUUAUAGACAAGGUUAGUUGAGAAUGGGUCAUUCCAGAAAACAUCCAUAUAUAUAGGUCCUCCACGGAAGAAAUUGGAAGUUAAUCCCCCUACCCCCUUCUGAUGUCCUAAUACAUUACUAUUAUCAGAAACAAAUUUUUCUCCCCUACCCCGCCGGACAGCAGAAAUUUCCUUCUUUAUGGAACCUUUAGCUAGCAGGACGGCGUCGGCUAUUAAUACAAUGAAAUUUAUGACAGUGUAGAAAGAAAAGGCAUAUAGUUAAAGUCCCAUGGGAGUUUUAGACGUCGUCCUUGCUCUGUUUACAACAGCAAACCAAAGAUUUUCACGUUUUGUACACAACGUCUGCCUUUCAAGCCGCGAGAAGUCGUCCUCGCCAAAUUGGCUUAGUAGAAGUCUUCUCAACUAUAAACCUCUGUCUUAACCUUCUUAAAUUGCAAUAAAUUCAUACAACGGAUAAUACAGUACAAGACAUGUUGAUCUUAAAGUUACUUGUUCGAACGAGUUUAUUUUGUCCGUCGUCGUCGCGUUGCCGUCACCUAUUUGCUAAAGGUCCCUACUAGUAGGGCGGGGGGAGGGGCUCAAGAUGCCAAAUCUGAACGUCUCUAAUGUCAAUGUAAUUUAAAAUCCUCAAUAUUCUUUUCUCAUUAUCGGUAUCAGUGAAUUGAUUUUUGCAUCAAAUUUCUCUUAUUUCAGGUGCGAAUCGCCGAAAGCCUUGGGGCAGUUGGGGCUAUUAUAAUAGGUAAGUUGAUGAAUAUUCAGUAUUUGAAAAAUGUGUACUUGAAAACAUAAUGGCAUAUGAUUUUCCCCCUGUACGGAAAAUAAAUGCAAUCUAGCAUUGUUUAAGCAGUUUACCCCCAGCUUGGUUUCCAUUUGGUCGUAAUGGUCCUAAAAAUAGAGAUCGUGAGAUCUUUCUCAACGGCCAGUUUAUAAUAGUUUAUCCCUGUAAACCACAUAUAAAUCAUAAGUAUUCUCUAGGCUGGCUUACAAGGAACGUAUUGUAGUCUAAUUAUAAUAUUUUCUUACUUUGAAUCAAAGACAACAACGAAGGCAGUUCAAGCGAGAGCCAACCCAUGUUUGCAAUGAGCGGGGAUGGCAGCAGUAACAACAUCAAUAUUCCUGCAGUAUUUCUGUUCCAUAACGAAGGACAAGUCUUGCAGAAAUCUAUACAGAUUGCUGGUUAUCAUGGUACUCGAGAAAAUCUCAGAGUUCGCCUCGCUGACAAAGCUUUGAAAAAAGGUUUGUACCAAGUAUUGUUUAUAUAUAAGCCCAAAUUAUUUUACAACAAUAUGACAAGUGAAAAUGACAAGUAAAGUCCGUCGCAUGUGAUAAGAAAAAAAGAGAACAUCGCACGGUAUUUAGUAGCUCGCUCGAAACGUCGAAGUUCUCCUGUACGCAAAAACGCACAAGUUACUGUUGUUACAGAUCUACAAACAGGUUGUUAGAAAUCUGUUCACAAUCUGUCGACAAGUUGUCUUCGCACUGCUUGUUCCCAGUUGUUGUAACAAGUUUGGAAACAAGCUGUUAACAACUUAGUUGUAACAAUCUUGAUGGCAUUAUCAGACUUGUCACAAGGUUGUUCUAACAAGUCUAAUACAGUCAUGAUAUAACAAGAAUGGUACAAGGUUGGCGACACAAGGUUGUAACAAUACUGCUAUAUCAUGACUGUAUCGGACUUGUUGGAACAGCCUUGUAACAAGCCUGAUAAUAUCAACAAAUUGUUAACAGCUUGUUCCAAACUUGUUGACAACUUGUGACAAGCAGUGCGAAGACAACUUGUUAACAAACUUGUUGACGGCUUGUUGACAAACUUGUUGACAAACUUGUUGACGGCUUGUUGACAAACUUGUUGACGGCUUGUUGACAAACUUGUUGACAAACUUGUUGACAAACUUGUUGACGGCUUGUUGACAAACUUGUUGACGGCUUGUUGACAAACUUGUUGACGAGAUUCCUUAUUAUUGGCUAGUGAUUGACCAAUAAUAGGUAUCGGGCCGAUUUUUGCCUUAUCGGUAGAAUUAUCUAUAUUUCCGAUUGUCUAAAACCGAUUGUUGAGAAAAUACGCACUUUAAAAAUUAUAUACAUUGCACGUUAAUACUGGCGUGUCAUUUAUGUACUGUUUAAUAAACGAGCAGGAGUGUUUCAAACACGACUAUAAAUUCAAUAGAUAUAUUGCCUUAUUGGUACUUUUUAUAUAAAGAAUACUAAUGAGGACACGACUACAAUAGAUACUGCCUUAUUAGUAUUCUCUAUAUAAAGAAUACUAAUUAGGAGUGUUUUAUCAGGUUUAAAGCCACUACACGUGACAUUAUGGUUGACAUGAUUUGCCAAUAAGCUUAUGAAUUAUUAAUGAGUGUUUGAAUAACAGUUUCAACAAUCUUUGGAUGUAGUAACAUGUUACGUUGGAAAUCAUCGUUAAAAAAUCGACAUGAAUGACGUCACCUUUACUCGGUCGACUGAUAUUAUGACGUCAUUAUAAAAUCGGUAUCGGGUAGACUGUGGCAUGAAUGAUCGGUAAUUUCCGAGUGUUGCACGAUCGGUCAAUCACUAUUAUUGGCAACACCUACACAGCUAAAAACGACCAGGUUGUUGCAAUAUUGAUGAAAACAGGAUUGAACAAUGUUGUGCGGCCCACAUUGUUCACAGUUGUCAACAAUAUUGAACAAUAUUGUUACAUCCGAUUCAGGCUCAACAAUAUUGUUCAAUAUUGUUGACAAGUGUGAACAAUGUGGGCCGCACAACAUUGUUCAAUCCUGUUAAACAGCGGGCUCAUAAUUUUUACGCAUGUGUACUGGCACAGAUCGUUGUAAAUAUGAUUUAAUUUCCACUCCUUUUUUAGACGCAAAUACAAAGGGAGCGCUGCCCUCCACAGACGCAACUCAAACCGCUGGGAAAGAAAAAGCAACUGCUGAACAAAUGCCUGAAUUACAACAGGAGAAUAAUUUACAUGAACCAAUUUCUCAGCCAGUGGAAUCUCGGAAACUGGACAAGGUUGAAAACGAAGUAAACAAACUUAUUCACCUGAUGAAAAAUGUCGUGAAACAACCAGGAUUUGAAUUCUUAACGCGAAACACGCAAGCGAACACUAAGGCAUCGGUUAUGAUGGGGGAGAUUAAUUCCGCUGACAAACGUGAACGUUGGCUCUAUGACGUCAUGAUGGAAAACUGGCAGGAGAAGGAACAACUGGGUGAAAAUGGUGAGUCGAAAAGUGGAAGUGUGGACGAGGUGGUAGGGAAAUUUCAGGAUGGUGUUUUUAGUAUUAAAGCGCGAAAGGUGAGUAGUUCUCAAGGAGAGGAGUGUUGGUCUGUCAAAGAAGGCAGCGAGGCGCGCAAAACAAGCGAGGCAUUUCUUAAUACUGUUGUUCAGCCUGCCAAUACAAGGGAUAGUGAGAUUUUUGUUGUGGGAAAUGUAGGCGAUAGAAAAUUGUCUGGUGAGGAUACAGUUUAUGAUGUAAAUACACUACGGCAAACUGUAGGGGAAAAUUCCCAUGAACAGAGUGGAGAACACAGCGAGUCUGAGAGAAGUCAACAUGAAGUAGACAAGGCUGCUGUGUCUGGAGAAAAAAUGGUUAGUUCUGAUGACUCUAUGGAUGUUAACGAUGCAUUAAACAGAGAUACUAGGCAUUGUGAUACAAGCGUAGAUCAAGGGGAAACCGCUCAAGAACAUGGUGAGAUAAAUCAAGAUGAAGUAGACAAGGCUGCUGUGUCUAGAGAAAAAAUGGUUAGUUCUGAUGGCUCUAUGGAUGUUAACGAUGCAUUAAACAGAGAUACUAGGCAUUGUGAUACAAGCAUAGACCAAGGGGAAACCGCUCAAGAACAUGGUGAGAUAAAUCAAGAUGAAGUAGACAAGAAUGCAGAAACUGUCGCUAGUUCUGAUAGCUCGAUGAAUGAAAAGGAUGCAGUAGAUAAAGAUGUGUAUAUUACAGACAGUAUGUAUGGUGAUUUAACUCCAGACCAAGGGGAAACUUCUCACGAACAGGGAACUCAGAAAUAUGAUGAUGAUACCAAAAAUACCAUUAGUGGGGAUAGUCUAAUGAAUGGUAAUGAUGUAGGUAAGAUUGUAUAUUUUUCGGAUUGUAUGACUGGUAAUCCUCGCGUUGACGGUGGUGAUAUUCUGAUCAAUGGUAAUGAUGUAGGUAAAAUUGUAUAUAAGUAUAGUGGUAGUAAAGAUGAUACCCAAGCUACUGGCGAUAUCAGAGAUCCUGGCGAGCAUGAUACAACAGCGGAUCUAAAUUCGUUUGAAGAUACCAAUGAAAAUGAUGGUCAUGUUUUGUUAUCUGAAACUGGUAACCCCGAUGAUAAGUCUCAAGAAGGUGAAGGUAGUGAAAGCAUAGGCGAAGGUGCUGAACAGGAUGCUGAAAGGACGUUUGAAACAAUCACCAAUGAUGGGGCGAAAGAAGACUCGAAACAAAAUGUCGAUAGUGGUCGAAAUGAAGAACCAGGCCAAGAUGUAUUUGGCAACGACACAAGCCAGGACUUGUAUGUUGAAACUGAUAAACAGGAAAGCAUUAGCAGAGAGGAUAAAAUGUUGAAGCAAAGCGAAAGCGUCUCUAUGAAGACAGACAAGAAAUCCGAAGUUAGAAAUAUUCAGGAUAUUAACGAACAAAGGGAUAGUGAAAAGUUAACAGAGAAUCUCGACGAUAGGACUAGCAUUGAAGAGCAAAAUCAAGCUAGUAUCCAUGAUAGUGUAAUUCAAAAAGACCUCAAUAGUGAAAAUUAUUUAUAUAAUUCGAAUAGCGAAGAGUCGCAAGCCCCAGAUGUAAGUCCUGUUACGGAAGACAAAUCUACUCUAGACGAAUUUUGAUAUAAAAUGUAAUAAUUUAUACGAUACAGAGAGAUUACAUCGAGUAAAAAGUAAAAAAACGAAAUUGAACAGUUUAUAACUAGUCCAGUGUGAAUUGUAUGUAUUGUACUUAAUCAGGAUUUACAGUAGUUAAACUACGAAUUAGUUAUGGGCUGUUUUUCUUUAUCGAAACCGAUUAUUUCUAUCAACUUUAUUUCAAGAAACUGUCUGAAGCUGUUGUAAGCCACAAGUAUGGAAUCCGAAUUGAUUCAUACAGUCAAAACUAUAAAAGUGUAUUGCCUACUUUCAAACCGAGAGAGCCUGGGUAGGAGUCCCUCGAUACUGUGACAAUCAAUACAACACCCACAAAAUAAGAAAGAGCACAUUGACCUUUACAAAUUCUCAAAGUUUCAUGUUAUUCGGGUCAAUACUGAUCAACAUACAGCCAUUCCAGGACAUGUCUGUUUUGAAUGGCUGUAUCUUGAUCAAUAUUGACCAGAUUAAGUACAUCAAACUUUGAGAUUGUGUAAAAGUCAAUGUGCUCUGUUACUGUAUGUGUGUUGUAUUGAUUAUCACAAUAUUUAGGGACUCCAAAGAUACACUUGUUCUCUGUAUUUUGUUAAAAUACUCGGUGGUUCUAAGAAUUUUUAUUGAGGGACUCGUACCCAGGCUCUCUCCGUUUGGGAAAGUAAGCAAUAGAAAAAAAUAGGUGCAAUUGCAUACACUAUCACACAAUAAAAUAGAACAAGGAUCAGAGAUACAAAUGUCAAUUUAAAACUACAAUCUGUCCUGAUCAGUCUUAAGUGUAUUCUGCAUUCAGCAAUGGUGUUGCAGCCUAAAAUGAGAAAAUAUAGAAUUAUGUAUAUAUUGUGGUCAUUUUGCCCUGGGCUCCUGGCAACUUCUCAGUCGCCCUGGUCAUUGCCUCAACUGUAGUGCAUGUUUCAAAUUAUUGCCAAGGGCUGGUUGUACAAAGGUCAACACUAUCCACCGGAUAGUGAUUUUUCAAUUGUUGUAAAAAUGCUUCGAAAUCUAUAAAAUUAUAGACUUAAUAAUAGGAACUUCAAUUCAUAAAUACUAAAAUUUUAUCGGGGUUAUACCAAUCAACGAGUUAUUUUAGCAAGCUUGAAAAAAUUACUUAUCCGGCCUUCGUACAACCGGCACCAGUACUGUAGUAUAUGUCUCAACUUACCCCAACUGUACAUAUAUUAUAUACCAAAGUUUCUGUGAUCACAGUAGGAAUUUUGCAUGGGUAAAUUCCAAGUUUUGGAGGAUUUGUAAGAAAUGUUUGAGGAAACUGACUCAUAGUUUAACACUAAGUUUGUUUCCUCAAACAUUUCCUACAAAUCCUUCAAAACUUAGAAUUUACCUAUGCAGAAUUCCUACUGUGAUCACAGAAGCUUUGAUACUGUAGUAUAAACCAAUUUUUUGUUGGCAAAAGAUUGUUAUAUAUUUCUAUAUUCUGUAUAGCAAUAGACUAUUGUAUUGAGCAUAUUGUAAGUAGAUAUAUAAUAUUCUGUAGUAAUAAUCAAACCUCGUCAUGUUGCAUUUCAAUCAUUUGAUUCUCAUCCACAACCAGCACACGACCUGACGC